UAAAGGCAGAUAGCGGACCAUGGCGAGGAAGGGGGAACUUUUCCAUACUAUGACUUUUGUCUAACGCUUCACUGGGGCCAGGCUCCGGGUGUGAAGGGGGCUCGUUUACCGGGAACACACAGAGGGGGAAAAGAAGGGAAAAGAGGACUUCUCGGACAAGAAGAGAAGAUUGAAAGUAUCAUCGUCGUGAAGAUGAGCUUAAUGUCUGCCAUCGACACCAGUGCCUCCGUGUAUCAGCCCGCCCAGCUCCUCAACUGGGUCUAUCUGUCCCUGCAGGACCCCCACCACCAGACCAGCGCCUUUGACGCCUUCAGACCCGAACCCAACUCUUCCCACCCGGAUCUCAACUACAGCAAGAGUCCAGACUUGAGCUCCUCGCUCAACUCCAACUAUCUCAACAACUUCUUGCAGCUGCAACGCAACGAGGCCUUAAACAACAACGUAUAUAAGAAUGUAUCGCCCUACGGCUCCCUCAACAACAUCGUGGAUGGACUCAACUCCCUGACGGACCACUUCUCAGACCUUACCCUGUCAUCAGAACCGAGGAAGCCCAACAAGAGACCCCCGCCCAACUACUUGUGCCACCUGUGCUUCAACAAGGGCCACUACAUCAAAGACUGCCCUCAGGCUCGUCCUAAAGGGGAAGGCCUGACCCCUUACCAGGGCAAGAAGAGAUGCUUUGGCGAGUACAAGUGUCCCAAGUGUAAGAGGAAGUGGAUGAGCGGCAACUCCUGGGCCAACAUGGGACAAGAAUGUAUCAAGUGCCACAUCAACGUCUACCCACACAAGCAGCGUCCGUUGGAGAAGCCGGACGGUCUGGACGUGUCGGACCAGAGCAAAGAGCACCCCCAGCACCUGUGUGAGAAGUGCAAGGUCCUGGGUUACUACUGCCGCCGUGUGCAAUAAAACGCUGGGAGCUUACGAGUCAUCCUCCUGCUCCCGCCUCCGGCAGCCAUUCUAGGAAAGCGAAAGAGGACGUCCGUGAAGGAUCGCGCAGGAAAGCCCAAUCUUCUCAUUCGGCUCAUCUUCUACAAGUCAUCAUUACCUCACUUUGGGGUUUGUCACCUUCAGUGUUUACAAACUUCUGCCUUCCUUUUUUCCCUGCCAAGUGAAACAAACACAAACACACAUUGAGGGUCAACAGCACAUCUUUCUUAUUAUGAACUGUGAAUUACCCGCGCUGACAUGUGGCCUAUUUAUUUUCUUGUUGUCCAGUGUGCAAUGUGAGUGUGACAGAAAGACAUAUAUAUAUUUUUUGUGUACGUUGGUAUGCCGCCUUGUUGUGUCUUUAGAAACUACUGUAGGCUCAGUCGCUACAUUUGAAGCAUUUUCUUCCACCUAUUGCCGUACACGCAUUGUUUUUUCCCCACAGUUUUUAUGUUCAAAAAUAAUAUUGUCAUAUUGUUUAUAACAAUAAGUGUUGUUAUUUAAAGUCGGGAUGGGCGGGGACGUGAUCGGAGAGAGGUUUUUGCCGCGUGUUUAUGCUCUGAGAGUUCAAGGAAAGUACAGGUGCAGCAGCAGGUUGUGGUAUUGAACGUGCAGAAAGUGAGGAAGGUUGGCUGGAAUGCAGCCAUGUAAAGAGUGGUUAUGCAAAAAAAAAAAAAAAAAAAAUUAAACAGGUAUGUAGGCUGAUGAUUAAGGAAUUUGAGUGACAUAAGUAAAAGAAAAGACGUCAAAUUAUGAGGGAAAAGUUGUAAAAACGCAAAAACUAUAUUGUAUGAAUAUGACGGUAAAGUUAUAAUGUUGCAGGAAUAAAGUCGAAAUACUUUAAGAAUACAAUCUUUUUAAAAAAAAAAAAAAUUUCAAUCACAUUUUUGUAAAUAAAGUAAAAAAAUAGGGUGAGUAAUAGUUCUAAAGUUAAAACCUGUAUUAGUUAUAACUUUACAAAAAAGAUGGAAAAGUAAGAAUCAAGUAAAAUGUGUGUGUAUGUAUAUAUAUAUAUAUAUAUAUAUAUAUAUAUAUAUAUAUAUAUAUAUAUAUAUAUAUAUAU